AUGUAUUCAUUAUCAUAUAGCUUAUUGCUUCUUAUAUUUUUUUAUACUAACUUUAUCUUUGGAUAGGAAAAAGUAGAUAUAAAACCAAUACAAAUCAAUUAAAUAUAUCUCAAAAGUCCGGAUUAAUUAUUUUAUUCAAACAACACUAUUUACUACCAUAGCAUAGAGCAAAAGUAUUAUCCUUCAAGAAAUUAAUGUUUGUCAUCUUAUAACAAGUAGUUAAAGCUAAUAGAAGAAUCAGAAGACUUCGACAAAGAUUUAAUUUGCACUCCUUAAAACUUUAACUAAACUAAUCUUUUAAAAAAAUGUCUCAUUCAUGCAGAUAGUACAUAUACUAGCCUAGAAUGCCACAACAAAUUAUUCUUUAUACUAAACAAGGACAUGAUUGAAGGCAUCAAAUAAGUUUAAAUGCCUACUAAUUAUACAUAAAAUGCUACAGAAAAGGGCUAUUAUAAGCUUAGAAUAUCUGAUUAUAUUUCUUCAACAUAGAAUAUACUGAAAAUUUCUUAAAGCGGAUAUCAGACCUGUUAUAUUACUCCUACUUUUCUGCAAUGUCUACAAUAAAUGGAAGAUGGUAUAUUUAGACCAAAAGAUCCAUUAUACAUUAUGGAAGAUUAGAAUAGCUUGAGCAAGCUCAAUAAUAAUCUUACAAGGAAUUUGUCUGACGAAAACACUACAUCUUAAGAUAUUCAGCCAGAAUCUGUCUUAAGGGAAGAUAACUCAACUUAACAAUCUUAAUCUUAAAAGGAUAAAAGAAAAAUUUUAACAUUUGGUUCAAUUUCUUAUUAAAGUAAUAAGUCUAUAAUUUUAAUAGUUCCUACUUAAUCGCCUGAUGAAGAUCUGCAUUUCAUAUCCAUACAUACUGAGAAAUCUUUUUAUGCUUUUGAAUGCUAGCAAUCAGAUAUUCAAUUUUCUACAUCUCAGAUUAAUUUCAAUAUGAAAACAAAUAAAAUACUUGAUGUAUAGUUAGUUUUAAAUAAAUAAAGAGGCUCAGUAAAUGCAUUCCUAGUAACAAAUAGUGGAAUUUGGAUAUUUGAAAUCUAAAUUAACUUUUACUAAAAAACUAUAAUGCAUUUUGUUUCUAAAAUAGAUACAAAAAUUGACAUUUUUAGCAUAAAUAGAAACAUUAUUACUAUUUUCAAUAGGAAGCAGAGCUAAAUAAGUAUAUAUAGACUACUUGAGUUUUCUUAAAAAGUUUAAUUUGUAACAUCUAUAGAUGAUGCAAUUAUUUCCACCUCACCAAAAAACUCUACAUUAUAAGAAACUCAAAAUGAUUUAAAUUCAACUUCAAAUUAAAUUGAUGAAUAGCAAAAUGAUUUUAUUCUUCGAGUAUUCACUGAUUAGAGUGAAUCUAAAAUAAAUAAGUUCAGACCUGCUUAAUACUUGAUAUUCUUAGUUAAUAGUAAAUUAAAGAUACAAACAAUAAUUUCACUUUCAGAAUUUUAAAAAAGUUAAAAAUACCUAACUCCAUUACAUAGCAUCAUAUAGUAAAAUGUAGAUAUUCAAAUAAAUUUUUAGAUAAAUUCGGACGAUUUCAAAAAUUUUACACUUGCUAAAGAAGAGAUUGAAUAUAAUAAAGUAUCAGAAAAUGAAAAAAGUUCAGAAUACAUUGUUGAUUUGUAAUAUAUAAAGGAUAGUACUUCAAAAAGCUAUAUCAUUUUCUCGAGUAAUCAUGCUAUUUAUUUACUACCUAUAUGUUUCCCUAACAAUUAAUUAUUUAUAGACGAAACAGAUGUUAUCACAUCUUACACUUACAAUGGUUGUAUUCCUUGUGAAUUUUCAACUUAUUCAAAAAACAUUAAUUAACAACAGUGCUUAAAAAUAAAUAAUAAUAGCUAAAGAAUUUAUGAUUAAUAUGCUAAAUAUAGUACUUUUGAGCUAAUAAAUAUGUAAGAUAAUUGUAUUAGCUAAGAACUUAAAGGUCCUCAAUGCUAAACUUGUACAGAAUUUCAAAAAAGUUAUUUACCUAAUGAACAAAAUAUAAAAUUAAUAGAUUAAACCAUGAAUUAGUAAUUUGGUUAAACAGUGUGCUAAUACUAAUGCGAAGAAAAAAAUUCUAACUAAAAUUACAUAAAAGGUACCAUAUAAGAAGAAUUCUAAGAUAAUACAUAGAGACGCAAGUUGAAAAUAAAUUCUCUCAAAUAAAUUUAUGAAGUUGAAAUCUCCUAAAAUUCUUAAAAUUAUGAAAAUCAAAAUAAUUUAGAAGAGACUCUAAACUAUGCUGCUUAAGCAAAUAAAACUUAAUAGUCUUUUAACUUAUAUAUCAGAGAUUCUCCAAAUAAUAAAAUAAGAAAAUUAGAUGAUGCUAAAGAUAAAGCAACAAAAGAAAAUCAAUUUAACAAAAAUAAAGAAAACUAAUAAAACAAUUAAAAUAAUGAUUAAAAUUCUCCAGAUAGCUAAAGUGAAAAAGAAUUAAAAAAUACAGCAACCGAGUGUAUUGAGAAAUAAAGCGAACUAGAAUAUAAUAACUUCUGCUCAAAAUUCAAGGAUUGCUAUAGUUGCUCCUACCAUCCAUUCUGUAUUUUCAACCCAAUAGAAAGAAAGUGCUAAAAACUGAAUAAUUAUAAACAGCCUACGAUGACAAAUUUUCAGCAAUUCAUGAUUUAAAACUUUUCUGAAAGCAGCAAAACUUUACUAGACUAUCAAAAAUAUGAAUAUUGCAAUGUUAUUAAACAUCAAAAAGUCUGUCCAUUUUCCUAAAAUAUUAACAAGUAUAGAGGAGAGUUUUUAUUUUAUAAAAAUCAAAAGAAAAAAGACAGCAAGUAGCUUGGAGAUAACAAAGAAGGAAUAGAAAUAAAAACCCAAGAUGGAGAUGGAGCAGAGUAUGAUUAAGUGGAACAAUUUUAAGUUUGCAGCUGGUAUGUCAACACAGAUAAAUCUUAUUAGGACUUCGAUUAUGAAAUUAAAAUAUAUUUGGAUGAAGGAUUCAUCUAAGGAAAAGAUAGUUUAUAAGCAACUGUAGGAAUCUGCCAUAGUUAUGAAUCUGAAAUUCAAGGUGAAAGAAGUAAUUCUGAGCCAUGUAAAUUAACGAAAAUGCCAAUGACACUGAACUAAUCUACCACAAAAUGGAUCAAGUUUGGAGGAGGAAAGUUUAGAUUUGUUUUAUAAUUUAUGGAAAAAGCCUAGAUAGAUGUUUCUAAAAUAUCAAUCACAUUUAUGCCAGUUACUAACCAUGACAAGCAACUAAUAGUUGUUAUUUGCAUAAUAGUUAUAAUUAGCAUUUUCUUUUUAUUGAUCAUUCUUCUGAUCUUCAAAAACAAGAUUCUUUAUUGCAUUAGAGUAAAGUUUAAUACACUUUAUUUCCUUGAUUGGGAAGAUAACACAGAACUCAAUAAUAUUACUAUAAAGCAAAUAAUUAAAAGAUUAGAAAAAUAAAAGCUUUUAAAGUUGCAUAGUAAGAGUUCUUAUCAUACUGAUAAUUAGUACCAUCAUACAGAAUGUUCUAUUUGUUUAGUUGACUUUAAAUAAGCUGAUCCUCUCUAUGUCCUUGUUUGUUCUCAUAUUUUCCAUUAGCACUGUUUUGAAGAAUGGGUAAAAGUACAAUUUAACCCAGUGACAUGUCCUAACUGUAAAAUUUCUCUUAAUAAUAAUGCCUUUACAUUGAUUGAAAUGCAAAAAUAAAAUAAAUUACAAAAUAAAAAUGCUGCUUCUACAAGUUAAAACUAAAGCUAAAGCUAAAAUUCUUCAGCUGUACCUGAGUAAAUUUCUAUUGAAAUGGAAAAUAAUGGUUUAUAAGUAGCAAAUAAUAAUGAUUCUGCCGAAGGAUAAGAAAUAGAACAUUUAAUUAACGCAAAUACAAUUUUCAUAAGCUGA